AUGACCAGCGACCGUCACACCUCAAGCUACUCGGCCGAGCCGCUGGCCAUUGUCGGACUGUCCUUCAAGCUGCCCCAGGAUGCUGUCGACGAGACAAGUUUUUGGCAGGUCUUAGAAAAGAGGAAGAAUCUGUCAACCGAUUGGCCGGCAGAUCGGACUUGCGUGGACGGCGUCUAUAAGAAUGGUCCAAAAGAGCCAAACAUGCUCCCCGCUAGAGGGAUGCAUUCUGUGAAUCAAGAUCCCGCUGUCUUUGAUGCCCCCUUCUUCUCCAUCACAGCCAAAGAGGCUUCGUCCAUGGACCCUCAACAGCGCUGGGCGCUGGAGGCCGCAUAUCAUGCCUUCGAGAACGCGGGAAUGGCGGCCGAGGGCCUUCGCGCGAGCCGCAUUGCCGUAUUCUCCGCAACCUUUGCUGACGACUAUACCCGAAUCAUGGCCAAGGACCCUGAUGCGGCACCGCUGCAGGCUGCAAUGGGCACCACACCUUCGAUUCUUCCCAACCGCAUCAGUUGGUACUUCAACCUCCGUGGCCCAAGCAUGCAUAUUGACACGGCUUGUUCGGGAAGCAUGAUUGCAAUGGACCAGGCCUGUCAAUCAAUCCAGACCGGCAAUGCUUCCGCUGCACUCGUCAUGGGCAUAAACGUAAUGCUGAGUCCGGAAAACUCUGUCUUGCUGGCCAACAUGAACUUCCUGUCGCCCGAUGGCCGCUCCUUCAGCUUUGAUCAGCGGGCCAACGGCUAUGCCAGAGGUGAAGGCGUGGUGGCACUGGUCAUCAAGCCGCUGUCGGAUGCCCUCAAUAAUGGUGAUAUUAUACGCGCGGUUGUACGAUCCACAGCGUCAAAUCACGAUGGGCGUACACCCAUCCUCACACAGCCGAGUGCUGAGGCGCAGGAGGCGCUCAUUCGUGAUGCUUACAGGAAAGCGGGGCUGGGUUUCGAACAAACGAGAUAUGUUGAAGCUCAUGCCAGUAGGGGACCCAAUCGAGAUUUCGGCGAUUGGAAAUGUCUUUUCGCUCCUCCCGAUCCCCACAAGAGCCCCUUUUCGUGGGGGUCCGUGAAAGCAAAUAUCGGCCAUAUUGAAGGUGGAAGUGGCCUAGCAGCUAUCGUGAAGGGCAUUUUGAUGUUAGAAAAAGGCAUCAUUCCACCCGUUGCUCUUUUCGAGAAAUUGAACCCCAGCAUUGAUGCCGAUUCCUACAACCUGCAGAUUCCAACCCAAUCUAUCCCUUGGCCAACGAAUGGUUUGCGAAGAAUUUCCAUCAACUCAUUUGGUGUGGGAGGAGCGAACGCACACAUCAUCCUUGAUGACGCCAUGAAUUACCUCAAAGAGCAUGGAUUGUCUGGUUUCCACCACUGCGACACACCUCCAGGUCCCGUUAACGGGGCUGUCACUAACGGCUCUGUCACUAACGGCUCUGUCUCUAACGGCUCUGUCACUAACGGCUCUGUCACUAACGGCUCUGUCACUAACGGCUCUAUCACUAACGGACAUCUCAAUGGAGCCUCUACUGACGUGGACUCGGAGGAACGAUCAACCCCUAGGCUUCUCGUCUGGUCUGCCGCUGACGCUGCGGCUACCGAUCGUAUGCUACAAGCUUACCAGAGCUAUCAUCAAACACAUAUCAUUGAUGAUCAAUCCAAGCUCAACCAACUGGCAUACACUCUGGCGGCGAGACGCAGCAUCAUGCCCUGGCGUACAUCUGCGGUAGUAGAUGGCGUAUAUGGCACAAUCACGCCUACGGCCCCUGUCCGGGCUUCUUCGACGAAGUCGUCAAUUGGCUUCAUCUUUACCGGUCAAGGAGCUCAAUAUGCCGGAAUGGGCCUUGAUUUAUUGCAGUAUCCCGUCUUUGAAUCGAGCCUUCGAGAAGCAGAUCAGAUAUUUGCCAGCCUUGGUGCUGAAUGGUCCCUCCUAGAUGCUCUGCGCCGCGAGAAAGACAUCCAUCUUCCCUAUUUCAGCCAGCCAUUAUGUACAGCGCUUCAAAUUGCUCUGGUGGACUUACUUCGCAGCUUUGGCGUCUCCCCUACAGGGGUAGUCGGGCACUCAAGUGGAGAGAUCGCCGCCGCUUAUGCCAUCGGUGCCCUGUCCCAGCGAUCGGCUUGCAAGGUGGCCUAUUUCAGAGGGCAGCUAGCUGGGAAGCUGGCUGCAACCACUGCUACUCCGGGCGCCAUGAUGUCCGCCAACCUGGUCGAGCCCGAGAUCCCCAGUCUUCUCGAGAAGCUUGGCCUGGCGAACGGGGACAAUGCGGUCUACGUUGCAUGCGUCAACAGCCCGACAAACGUUACUAUGUCAGGUCCAGUCGAGUCCGUCAGGGUCCUUCAAAACUACCUGGACAAACAGGAUAUCUUUGCGAAGACUGUGCCCACAGGAGUGGCAUAUCACUCACCGGCCAUGCGUGCCAUUGCCACAGAGUAUCGUACUUUGCUUGGUGAGUUGGAAUCGGGCAAGACACAGUCCCUGGAAAGUGUCAUGGUGAGCUCUGUUACUGGCAGCGCUAUCGCCACAAAGCUACUUUCGAUGCCGGGCUACUGGGUCGACAACCUUGUGUCUCCUGUUCGCUUUGCGGACGCUGUGCAGUGCCUUGCUAGCCAGGCCCCAGAAGCAGGUGAAAUCAAAGACUUGGUUGAAAUUGGCCCACAUCCAGCCCUGCGCAGGCCAUUGAAGGACACCGUACCUUCGCUUCGUCACCACGCUAUCCUGGAGCGGUCGAAACCAGGCGUGCCGACCGUUCUGUCUGCAAUCGGUUCCUUGUUCUGUUACGGACACUCGGUAUCGGUGACAGCUGCAAACAACCAGGCAAGUGGCAAACUUCCAUGGCUCAUCGACUGCCCUAGGUAUCCAUUUGACCACAGCCGACGCUAUUGGAGCGAGUCUAGAAUUGCCAGAGACUACCGACUGAGAAAACCAUCACCCGGGUACCUACUCGGACGACGCGCCCCGGACUGGAAUGAACUUCGACCAAGAUGGCGAAACUGGCUGAGCGUCGAGACACACCCUUGGCUCGGUGAUCAUUGUGUCGACGGUGUGGCUGUAUGCCCAGGCACAGGUAUGGUUGUGAUGGCAAUCGAGGCCGUGAAACAGAUGGCGACCGAGGCGGACGGUGUCAUAGCUGCCUAUUUGGUCAAAGAAGCCCAAUUUCUGUCACCCAUUGUCAUUGGAGAGAGCUUCCAAGACUCGACAGAAACUGAGCUUCACGUUCUGCCCACAACAAAUGGUCAAGACAGGAACACAACCUGGUACGAGACCCGGAUAUUCGCCUAUCGUGAAGAUUGCUGGACAGAAUGCUUCAACGCGAGAAUUCGUGUCCAAUAUGAGCCCACGUCAACUGAUGCCGUCGAUGGGGGCCGCGAACAACGUCAAUCAGUCAAGCGAGUUCGGCAACGCGUGGCAGAGGCGGCCUCGGCCUGCACUAAAACGAUACGCCCAGACAGCUUCUAUUCCUUCAACAAGGAGUAUAUUGGACUUGAAUUCAAGACUUCCUUCCAAAACCUGACCAGGCUUGAAUGGGAUGGCCAGGGCACUUUUUCUGCAAACGUCAACAUUGCCUCAGCAUCACAACAUUAUCAGAUACUCGACAGUCCCGUCCACCCUGCCGUCCUGGAUUCUUGUGUACAGGCAAAUCUCGCCCAGAUCUCAAAGGGCCUGUCCGAAACAACAUGUCCAACCAUGAUGGCACACAGUGUGGCAAAUAUGUGGAUUUCAGCCAACGUCUGGGACAAGGCCACAAAAUCGGUCGACGUGGGAAGCUUCACCAAGGACCUCAACGGCAAGACGGGACAGUUCGGUGCCUCUGCCUACGGUGUAACUGAUGAUGGAAUUCCCUUGUUCUCUGUUGAAAAGAUCGUCAUGGCCGAGGUGUCGCGGCCCAACGCGUCGAUGGUCGAGCAAGCGGGCAAAUCUCUCUAUCAGAUUGCGUGGAAGCCACAGCUGAGCUCACUGCACGGUAAGACACUGCAGAAAUAUUUUGAUGCCGCCAGCCCGGGCACGACUGAUGAGGCGACACUGGCCAAUCUGGUCACGCUGGUACCAAAGAUGGAGCUCGCAAUGCGGACCGCAGCCCGCAAAGCAUUGCGAGUGGUGACACCAGAGGAGCGGCAACGAGCACCCGUUCAGAUGCAGAAAUAUGCUACUCUGCUGGAACAGCGCUAUGGGAGCUCCAGGGACGACGAUGUCCUCACUGAUGAGGAGCUUGGCCACCGCCUCACAGAGUGUGAGGCAGCCGAGCCCGGUUUCCACAUCAAGGCUGCCGAGAAGAUUUACGGCUACCUUUCUCGCACCUAUGUGCGGGAUCGCCGUCUCUUCGAUUUCAUUGAGUUGGCGGCUCACGAGCGUCCUGCCCUACGCAUUAUCGAGGUCGGUGCGGGCACGGGUGCCAUGACACGGCCGGUCAUUGCCUCACUUCGAAGCUCUGAGGAGAAAAUGGGCCGCGCAGCCUUUUACGAGUUCAUGUACACCGACAUCUCCCCAGCCUUCUUCGAGGCAGCACGCGACGAGUUCGCUGAGCUCGAGGGCAGGAUAUUCUUCAAGACGCUUGAUCUUGAGCGGGAUGUCGGUUCCCAGGGUUUCGAGCUUGGAGGCUAUGAUAUGGUCAUUGCUACAAAUGUGUUCCAUGCAACUUCGAACUUGGAGCGGACUCUGAGCAACGCACGCAAGCUGCUCAGGCCAGGUGGCCGCCUUGUAUUCCAAGAGGGUGUUGUUCCGGACUCUGCGUGCUUCAACGUCGGAUUUGGCUGCCUUGAAGGCUGGCUUUUGGGAACCGAGGAGUGGCGCCAACAAGGCCCGCUGGCGACUGAACAUCAGUGGGACAAGGUUCUACGGGAUACAGGGUUCUCGGGUAUUGACGCCAGCCUCUGGGACUACCCAAGCGAAGCUUGCCAUAUGUGCAGCACUAUCUUUUCAGAGGCUAUAUCACCAGCCCCGGACCCAACUAUCACCCAGACUGAGCCCAAGACAUGGCUGCUGAUGGACCCUGACUCGCUGGUGCAACAGUCACUCGCGUCUGAGCUAGGCCGUUAUAUCCCAUCUACGGAAGCGAUCCACCUGACCGGUCUUGCCAACAGUGAUUGGGUUGCACCUUCCAAAGACGUCGUUAUUUCCUUCCUAGAAGUAGGCUCGUCACUUCUAGCAUCCAUCUCCGAAGCAAACUUUGCAGCACUGAAAGCGCUAUUCGCCCGCACGGAGAACUUGCUAUGGGUGACGGCACCGCAAAAUGAUUUCGAUCCGCACUACGCCCUUGCUGUAGGAUUCUUGCGCACAAUGCGCUCGGAAGAAAGCGGCAAACACAUAGUGACGCUGGCGUUUGAGUCGCCGGUCAUAGGCAAUGACGACGCUCGCUUCGUGUCAGAGCUUCGUCACCGCUGUUUUGCAGAGCAGUCACCAUGUUCCGAGGAGGAAUUCAUCGUUUCUGGAGGCCAGCUCACCAUUGGACGCCUUGAGCGCGCAGUCGAUCUCCAAAAUGAGCAGUUGGAUCGAAUUCACCCACAAGAGCGAGACGAACCUUGGAAGACCGGUGUGCGGCUGGCUCUCGAUGUCGGCACGCCAGGUCUGCUGGAUACCAUCCGCUUCGUCGAGGACAAGACUCCUCUGAGCCUUGGCGGUGACGAGGUAGAGAUCGAGGCGGCAGCGUGGGGAGUGGGCUUCCGUGACAUUCUCAUCGCUCUGGGCCGCCUCAGCGCGGAUGAGGAAAUCGGUCUCGAGUGUGCGGGAACGGUAGUGCGCGUCGGAGCAGACUGUUCUGACUUCCAAGUCGGCGACCGAGUACUUACUACCGUGCCAGGUUGCAUGCGCAGUCAUAUUCGGGCGCCUGCCCACCUGGUGUGCAGGAUGCCUGAUGAGCUGUCGUUCAGCGAAGCAGUUGCUGUCCUUAUCCCAGGUAUAACGGCAUACCACUCACUUGUUAAUGUCGCUCGAGUACGUCCGGGAGAUAAGGUACUCAUCCACGCAGCGGCUGGAGGCACAGGGCAAAUGAUGGUGGCUAUUUCUCAGAUGCUUGGUGCCGAGGUGUUUGCGACGGUGGGCUCUGCCGAGAAGAAGGCCCUCCUUGUUGAACGAUUCAAGAUUCCAACAGAGCACAUCUUCUAUAGUCGCAACACAUCCUUUGCUCCAGGUAUUAUGCGGGUGACCGACGGAAAGGGGGUAGAUGUCGUUAUUAAUUCCUUGUCCGGUGAAAGCCUUCAGGCGAGUUGGGAAUGCGUUGCGCCAUACGGUCAUUUCGUCGAGAUCGGCAAGGCAGAUAUCCGAGCCAACUCGUCUCUUCCAAUGUCCGGGUUCGCCAAGAAUGUCAGUUUCACGGCUGUGGAUGUGCUUCACAUUGCUCAAACCGACCAUAAGCUUACACGCCAGCUGGCCGAGAAAGCCAUUGCUCUGGUCGCGGGUGGAGAGAUUAGCGCCGCGGCACCUUUGCAAGUUUUUGGAGCAUCUCAAGUUGAGCAAGCGUUCCGACUCAUGCAAAGUGGCACAAAUAUAGGCCGCAUUGUCAUCAACUUGUCUCCGGAGGAAAUCGUCCCAAGGUAUACUACUCUUAACAGUACAUGGAACUUCGGUCAAGAUGCUUCAUACGUCGUCGCAGGUGGAUUCGGAGGUAUAGGCAUGGCCAUUCUCGGAUGGAUGGUGGACAAAGGGGCCCGGCAUUUGAUUGUGCCCUCACGCUCUGGGGCUUCCUCUCAAGAGGCUACGGAAUUCCUCAAUCAACUCACCAGCCGAGGCGUACAAAUAGUGGCACCGUGUUGCGAUGUGUCGUCGGCCAGUGACCUGGCAGCCGUAUUGCAAGAGUGUGCGACCACGAUGCCUCCAGUCAAGGGCUGCAUCAAUGCUGCGAUGGUCCUCCAUGAUGCGAUUUUCGAAAACAUGACCCACAGUCAAUGGUCCCUCAACAUCAAGUCCAAGGUCCAUACUAGUUGGAACCUUCACCAGCUCCUGCCCAAGGACAUGGACUUCUUUAUCAUGCUGUCCUCUGUCAUGGGAAUUUAUGCAAAUCCAUCGCAGAGCAACUACGCAGCGGGUUGUGUCUUCCAAGACACCCUCGCACGCUCCCGCUCCGCCCAGGGCCUCCGUGGAUCCGUUUCCUUCGACAUCGGCUACAUGCGAUCCGUCGGCUAUGUAUCCCAGCGCAGCGCGGACAACCAGGUGAUCCGGGCCAACGCACGUAAGCUGGUGCCCAUCGAGACGAAGGAGUUCCUCGAGAUCCUUGACCACUACUGUGACCCGGCGCUGCCGUCUCUCGACGAGACGCACAGCCAGCUGGUCAUUGGCGCCCGAACCGCCGAGGACUAUAAGGCACGGGGCGAAGAGCCCGUUCCGGCAACUCUGCGGCCGCUUUUCGCGGGCUUCAACAACUCGCGGCACCAGGAUACCGCACGCGCUCACGCUGAUGUCGCGGAGGAGGCGGAUCCCUCACUGCUGUUCCAGCAAGCGGGUAGCGCAGAGGAGCGUAGCGCUGUCGUGGCAGCCGCCUUGGGAGCCAAGGUGGCGCGGGCGCUGGGCGUCACCGCGGACGACGUGGAUCCGGAGAAGACGUUGCCGGACUAUGGCAUAGACUCGCUCAUGGCUGUAGAGCUACGAAGCUGGAUGCGUAAGGUCUUUGCGGCUGAUAUGACAGUGUUUGAUAUGAUGGGUGGGAAAUCGAUUAAGUCUGUGGGUGAAGUGGUUGUUGGGAAGGCGACGCUUUGA